UCGAAUUUGCAAGAGACACAAUGAAGAUGCGCCGAUUCUCGAUGAGAAGAGUGCGAAUCUGAGUGCUCGUGCCAACCUGGACGGCGCUUGAUGGGUGACCGUUCGGCGGCGGCGACCGGGACCCGUGAACCGUGCCGAGUAGACCGGUGUUCGAGGCCAAAGAGCUAGACUUUGCCGCGCGCGAGUGUCUCGGUAGCCGUGGCGGGGCCCCAUAGUCGUGAAUGGCUGACGACUCGGAAGAUGAGGGAUAACAAUCGGGCGUGAUUCCCUGGACGGGACUCUAAGACAACUUCAAAAUGUCGGAGCCUGAGGGGAGUCCGGCUGUGCCGGACAGCACAACGAAGGAACAACGUCUUGGCUUCUCUCAUGGUGAAGAUGUUCUACUUCAACAUAAGGAUGGGAAAUAUUAUCUUGGAACCAUAGUGGAGGUGGAUUUAGCAAGAGAAAAAUGUCUCGUCAAAUUCUUGGACAACACAUCUUCCUGGUCAUCGAUAAAAGAGCUGACAAAGCUGGCAAUGCCAGAGUCCAAUGUCAUGUGCGUGUUGUGUAAGAAAUCACAGCCCAAGACUGACAAUGACAUUAUCGUGUGUGACAAGUGCAGUCGUGGCUAUCAUCAGUUGUGUCACCAGCCUCAAAUAGCAAAGGAUGGAAAUGAAACAUAUUGGAUGUGUAAAAGAUGUGUAGACACUCAGCUGAGAAAUCGGGAUCCAGGAGAACCUAAAAAAUCAAUGGUUAAGGCAAAUAUCAGGAGGGUUUGCAGCGGCAGAGAUCAGCCUCAGCCACCUCCAGACGACAUGACAAAAUUACCAUAUGAUCCUGUUAUGUUGAGUUGGGAUGCACACCACCGAGUUAAUGCGGAACAAAUCUACUGUUAUUGUGGGCUUAAUGGAGAAUGGUAUACACAAAUGUUACAGUGUGCCCGUUGUAAACAGUGGUUCCAUGAAAAGUGCGUAAGUUGCUUGACGUAUCCACUGUACAGUGGUGACAGGUUUUAUGUGUUCGUUUGUUCAACGUGCAAUUACGGUAAAGAAUUUGUGCGACGCCUGGAAUUGAAAUGGGUAGAUUUGGUGCACCUGAUGUUGUACAAUCUUACCGUUUAUAAUGCUAAAAAGUAUUAUGAUUUGGACACCGUUAUCGUACCAUAUGCAAAUGACAAUUGGAAUAAUUUGCAGUUACCUCCUAGAAUCCGUGAUGUCAGCGCGCAGAUACGCAGGGAAUCCAUACUUGCAAUACUAACGAACAACAGGAAUAGAUUUAAGUGUGGUAGAGAAAUAAAAAAGCGAACAACAAUAUGGGGUCUUCGAGUUAGAUUGCCACCGCCAUGUCCCAUCGUCAAUCUUCCUGCAACUGGUCCUGUAGAUGAUUCUGUUCUACAGCAGUGUUGGGGUGCUAAUAAAAGACUGCAAUAUCUUCCUCCACCCAGCGGGCCUGUAGCAUGUAUAUUAGAAAGUACAAAACAAUUGAAUGCAUUGAAACAAAGACCAGCAGAAAAUUUGGAAAUUCCUGUAAAUCCGUCAGACCUUGUAAUGAGAGGAACGAUUUAUCAGAACUCGGAAGCAGAGCACAGUUCCUGUCCAAGCCCUCCCAAUCAAGCUACUCAGUCAUUACGAGACAGGUACAGUGGAGGAGGUUUUGUGAAGAAAUCUUUUCCAUUUCCCAAACUUAGUUUACAAAGAAGAAGAAGACUCAUGGUAUUAGGUAGUUCUCGAGAGAGAAUGUUGCGAAAACAUAAAAAAAGAGAAAAGGGCUGUGCUGAUAACUCUGCAUCCAAGUUGCAAGGAGUUAGAGAAGCAAGGUACAGGAAAGCUAGAAAACUCCUGAAAAAUGCAAUUGCAAAGAGUAAAUCUCGAACUUCGGAGGCAUCGGAUUUACCUCCGACACCUCCGACUUCCGUCUCUGGUCCUCCGACCCCACCUGCUACGACCUCGGUAAUGUCAGAACUUUCGGUACCUAGUUCUGUUGAUUUAAUGCAUCCGCUGCCUCCCUCGACACCUGCGGACACGAGUGGCGACGAGACUAGUUCACGAGGAACGCUUGAUUCCUUCAUACCACCUCCAAAAGACUUUGAAGGAAAGAAUAAUCCCUUCAGAAAUCUCAGUGACUUAUUAGGUACUCCUUCAGGACCUGGGCAAGGAAGUUCCAGUACCCCUCUGCCUUACAAUCAGUGUCCAAUAACACUGCCACUACCGCUGACACCGGUUAUAUCACAGCCACCAUUAGUGAGGCCGGCGAAACGUCAGCUCUCAGAGAAGGACAUUAUCGUAGAUAGAAACGGACAGGUGAAACGCCGAAGACAGCAUCGUAGAGGUCGUCCAUCGCAGCAACAGCAGCAGCAACAACAAUUUCAACCUACCGCGAGUAAAACCGCGGCUAUUCUGCCCGCGCGCAACAACGAAGUGAAGAGUGAGUUUGUGAGAAAUCUGAGAAGUUCGUUCAACGGUACAUCCAACAGUGCUAGCAGUCAAAUAGGUAACUGCGUCAAUUACGCUUUGAAUGGAAGGAGACUGCGUCAACGUCAAAGUAGUGACAAACCAACGCCCCCGGACCCUCAGCAGAAGAAAGGCAGUGUACCCUCGUCACCAAAAUGUUCUCCGAUGAAGCAAAAUGCUCCGGACAUAUCGAUGGAUGAUCUCAAAUCGUCAGUGAAUAUCUACUUUGGGGCUGCGAACCGAAUAGCCGCGGGUGAGAAGUUCGUUGUUAGAGCAAAGCGAUUAGGUCCAAAUGGCCAAACGCAGUACCUCAUCGAGUGGGAGGGACCUAACACCUAACGGUAAAAAAUCGUUCCACGAUAUCUUUGUAAUUUAAUAGGGUAUUGCUAUUCAGCAUCGAGUUCGAGAAAGAAGGACCAGCUGCCAAUCUCUUCUUUGUGUCCGAUAAUGGGUGAUAAAAUGAUCCCGAGCCACAUACACUGCCGUUUAUUAGAUUUGCAUACCUACGUACGAUUAACAUGACUUUAUCGAUCGGUGUGUGAUGUCUGAAUGUUUUUGUAAAUUGAAACGUUAUUUGGCAAUGUCUUUUGAAUAUUGAUAUUUUAUUAGGUCAAAAAAAGUCCUAAAGGAUAUCGAUAAUGAAUCAGAUUGAAACUAUUCAUCGCUGGUCGAUGAAUUUACUUACGUAUAUUUUUAAGGAAUGAACACUGAUUUAAUGACUCCACUCGUUCGAUGUGUCGUGAAAUUCUCGAUCUCAAAAUAUCAAUUAAUACUUGAAGAAACGUGUUCAUUUAAUUAAAUGGCUUUGUAUUUAAAAGGUGUUCUUUAAUUAAGAAUUCAACAUGCACAUGCCAUGUCGAGCAUGGUGUUCAAUUUGUUUAAAGGUCAUCGUACGUUUAUUUCCAUUUUAUCGCGUGUUUCAAUGUGAUUUAAUUUUAAUCAGUAUACGUACUUUAUGAUGUAUAAAAUCAAUCAAAAUUGACUUUUGCCAGGUGUAAAGUAGAAUAACGCAAUAGUCUCAAGAACGUCAGUGAAUGUGGGCCACGUUAGAUAAAAAAAACGUAUUAAACGAAAGUUCUGUGUUUGAUUAGAGGUUGGUCGGCCGCUUCAAAUGUAUUGUAAGAAAGUUAAGGUGAAGUGGUGGAAUGAAUAGUAUUCGUGAUUCUCGGCUAAGCGCUGCAGAUGACUGUUCCUCCCGCUUAAGCUAACAUACCAGCGAACGUAAAUAGUUAGAUGUAAAAACAAAAGCAGACUAGACCUCCAGAGGUUAUUUUUCAAUACGAUUGUAGAGUUAGACUCCGGCUUAUGCAACAUUGUCUUCUUAGGCUUCUAAAGAAUUAGUUUAAGAUUUCAUGAAACUUAUUAUUACGAUUAAGUCCAAUACUUCGUAUUUCUUGAUUAUUCUUGAUUUAGAUCAAUUUUUCUGAUACCUUUGGCAAAUUUAAUUCUACUUUUCUAUCAAUAUUUCUAUAGUGGCUCGUGCCCUGAAACCAAAUUAAAAUUUAUAACCGAAUAAAUAUAACCGAAAUGUGAAAAUGUGUUUUAUAGCCUGAGAAGAUAAUGAUGCAGCUGUAGCAUUGCUCACUACUAUACAAGACUAAAAAAGUAACUACAUAUUUAUACCAUCUAAAAUUGGAAAGAAAUACUUUUAAUAAUGGCGUGUUUAAAUGAUCAAAGUUGUCUGCAGUUGUAAAAUUUAUUGAUUUGAAACCAUUGUUUGACAUUUGAUCUCGUGUUUACUUAUAUUGCAUCUAAGAAUGCAAUUUUGUUCAGCACUGUUUUCAAGGAUUAAGUAACAUUAAAUAACAAAUUAUGAGCUUUAUAGACAUUAAAUUGAAACAUUUUUUUUAUAUAUUGAUAAAUGAUCAAUUUUUGUCUAAUAUUUAACACAUUAUAAUUGGGAUUAACCCUCACCAGUAGCAUAAUCAAUUUACCUGCAUAAAACUUUUGAUCAAAGCUCGUUGAUUGAAGGAUUAUAAUGAAAAGUGGUAAUGAUUAAAAGUAUUAACAUGCAUGAAGUCAAUGAAAAAAAAAGAGAUUGGGAGGGGUUAGUUGUAGAAUUCAAUUGGCACACUUAUCACGUUUAAAAUAUUUACAAUAUACAUACAGUGCUACAAUAAUUUUUACGUCAGUUGAAUCUUAAAUAAUAAACUUAUCACAAUGAGUUUACUGUUCUCAUUAAAAAGUACUUUUUCGAUGUAUUUUUGCACAUGACUGAAAAUGUGGAAAAAAUUGAAUAUUCAAAAAGUUUGCAUUUCUCUAUAUUAUGACUGCCGGAAGUUAAGCAUGAUUCAAAUUAAAUGAUUUAGGUUGUAUUAAUGGUUGUAUUCGUAGGUUACUUAAAAUUAUCCAUAUCAUUCAUGAAUACUUACAUUCAGUAUAGUGUAUAAGGAGCUGGUUUUUGUUAGUGAUUUCCAUAGUUGUAAGUUUUUUCUUUUCAUUUUUUUUUUUUUAUUACUGUCGGUCGGAUAUGCAUACUUGCAAUUCGUUAUCGAAAUAGAUUACACAUUUACAGGGGUUCAAAACAUAGAUUGCUUCCUAAAUGGUUUUCUUCAAAAAUGGUUAAUUAAAUUUAUAACGAAAUUAUUUAAUUAACUUAAUUUAUUCAGUAUGUCAUAGUUGUCAGUUGUUCAUCUGAAAUUUAUGAGUUAUGAACAUGGGAAUUUCUUUUUAAAAAACCGGAUUGAGUGAUAACCAAACAUUUGAAAAGUGUGUGCAUGUCCUAUGUUCGUUCCGUGUUAAAUUUUUCAGCUUGUAAUGUGUUAAAGAUUCUAGUUUGUCCCAUUAUUAUUGCAGCAUUAGAAUUGGAAUAACUUUCAGUGAUACAUAUAAUUCAAUGCCCAUAUAUUAAAGGAAGGUGAUAGUGUAAACAUUCGAAUAGAUUGAUUGGAAACGAGGGAUUAAACACCUUCCUUAUCAAGUGGAUGACUUAUGGAAAACAAUUUCUUUUAGUUUUUUUUUUCGGACUACAAUUUAAUAACCAUUUCAUUGCAUGUCUUAAGAUGUUGAAAUCCUUGUUGGAAGUAGACCCUUGUAAUACAUUUCUAUAUUCUACGUCAACGAGAUUAAGCCGUAAAUUGCGACAUAAUGCAUGAUUUUUUAUGACAAUUUAACAUUUGUUUCAAUUUGUUCUCCAGUGAAUGGCAUUUUUUUAAGGACAGAAUGUUUAAAUUAAAUAUCAGAUUUUAACUGUGCAAACUGUUAGUAUAGGUUAAUAUGUCUGCUUUAUUAGGAUGAAAUCCAUACAUAAUUACGAGAAAUGCAACACAGCUAUUUUGGAUAAACGGUUAAGUUUUUAACGUAAUUCCUGUUCUCAAGAAAUGUGAAUCUAUGGUACCAUUUUUUCACUUAAUCUUUCAAUUUGCAAGCUAUUAAUAACAGCCGCAGAACUGCAGAUGUUCUUGAAACUUGACCUUCAAAGUAUAGGAGCUUAUUAGGAAAAUAUGAUGGUUUCGAUGUGUAAUGAAGCCUAUGAAAUUAUGCGGAAAAUUAAUUUUAAAUAGUACUCGACGAGCGGCGUAAUGUUGAUACCACGACGAAAUGGGAGACUAGCAUGACAAUUUUCAUAUUUCAGCAUAAGUUUGCAUUUGUUUUCACAUCCAGAAAUGAAGCAAUACUUAUAUACAACAAAAAUUUUCCGUGCAAGAUUUGUUUAAUAGCCUAAUUUCUUCUGGUGCGCGAAAUUUAAAUUAUGGAACCUUUUAAUCAGUCGAACUUAUUUAGUUACAUGUUAUAAAAGUGUGUGUACACUGAUGGACAUGAAUGCCUAUCCAUCAUGCAUUGGCAUACCGUAUGUGCAGGGAAGGCAUUCAUGUCCACCACUGUACUUCCUUAAUAAUGCGCGGCGCAAAUUUGCUGGUCGCUUUAUGCUUAGAUAAAUGUACCUAAAAUAGGUAUAUCUUAAGAUCUAUUUAUUUGUAUCGAAAAUUAUGCAACGUGUUUUGCAUUUCAGUAACUAUAGUGCGGUCUACCAUUAUUUUCAAUAUAGUGCACUGAUUACAACGUUCAUUUUUAUUGAAAUAAAAUCACUAAAAUAUCAAUUUAAAAUAUCCAUACCUGCAAUCAAUACGGUUAGAUGACAAUCGUUAAAACAACCUUGAAAAAUGUAUUUACUGUUUGGUUGAUUAAAGUAUUACGGGCUACAGGGUAUACAUACCUGUUUUCGCUAAAAAUGGCAAACAAUAUUUUUCGUGGUGUUAGUUAUUUGCUGUACUGAUAUUUAUGAGUUUGUCUGCCGUCUGGUAAUUUAAAUUAAGCCGAAUUGACAGCGUUUAUUGACAUUCGUGAUUCUAAGGGCUCCUGCCCUCGGUAAACAGUCGAUAACAAACAUUUUUGCAGUAACAUGUGACCGCAUGCCUGACAAGCUGUUAAAUAUUUGAACCCGAUCGUUGGGUCUGCCUUCAAUGGAAAAAUGGAUCAUGUCCCAUUUCAUUUGUCAAAUUAUCUUCUUAGUCCUCUGUGUGCAGUGUCCGAUAAGAAUUCAUAUAUAUAUUGCCGCUGAUACUUUUUUUUAUUUAUCUGAUUGGAUGUAGUUUGCGGGAGUCGAAGCUGAAAUUUUGUUGGUUCGUGGGUUUAAAAAUAAAAGCAUAGUAUACUGCGUCGUUUCUUUGACCAAUUGAUAUGUAUGUACACAAAAGAUACCGUGUAAACUGAUACUGAAACGUUAAUAUGUCAGUCUGUACUUCAGUCCUUGACGAUUAUCAGCAAAACCCAUUUUGCCAAAAAAUAUGUCUAAUUAAACUCAAAAUAGAUAAUUCCUUAACAAGGUAAUUAGUGGUCUGUUUCCACACUUUAUUACCUAUUACUUUCCUUAGCAUUAAAUCUCAAUUAAGAAAGAUCGCACUAUAGCGUUUAGGCAAUAUCGUUUCAUGUUUUGCGAAACAUAGGUAAUAAUAGGAACGAAGACAAGAACUGGACACUGCCAAAUUUCUUAUUUAUAUUUACAUUGAAUUUUAGGCUUCGUUAUAUGAAUGUUCACUAUAAGCGCAAAGGAGUCUCCGAUUUACGUUCCUAGACUUACGAUUCUAGCGUGACUUGUGAUCUACCGUUGGAAGUGCGCACCAAACUUAUUGAAGAUGUUUUAAGGAGGUACAAUAGAAUCUUACGUCAAAUUUCUUACAAAGUAUGUGCUCAUAAAGAUUAAUGAAUUUUAGAGGUUUGUCGAUGUAGUCUCUUUAAUACUGCUCCUUGGAACAUCAACGUAAUUCAGAGCUACCUCGAAGGAACUGUAGAGGCUUCGUUGUCAUUAGUUUACACGUUUGCGAAAUUAUACAUAAAAUAGAAACAUAUCAUUAAUGGACGUUGCUUAGUGAAGAUAACGUUGCCGCUGGGCCUCGAGUUUAAAUGUAAUCGCGUUACUUUCUUGCAUUACCGCCAAAUCAUUGACUUCUUCUGUAUACUUGUUAAUUGCAGUGGAACGGUAACCGAUGAUCGGUAUAAUUGAAUGUCGAAGCGCUCUGUUCCAUCUGAGAAUGUACUCUGCUACGUCGCGUUCCUUCCGUAGUCCACUUCUAAAGUGACCAGAGAAAAUUAGAUAAUCGCGUGGCGAGUUAAAUAAAUUGCAAAAGGUCGUAGUGUGCUAAGCGCACAGUUAGCCAUUUUUGUCGGAACGAACGAGGAAUUAGGUGAAAAUGAAAAAAAUUACUGCCAGUAUCAUAUGUACAUAUUCCUUUUCGUAAGAUAUCUAUAAAUAUAAAUAUAGAUUCGUCGGUUAUACAUAGGUAUGCAUACAUGUAUGUUUGUAAGGCUACUCGUGGGUCUAAAUGAGAGAUCGUUGCGAAUGUUAGGAAACGCAUGUUUUGAAAUUAAGAUGGCUGUCUCAAGUUAUGAAAAGUCUUCAAGCGCUGAACCUGCUAUUAUUUAUUGGUAAUAAAAUCUGUCAAACAUUCUUGUUUAAGGCUCGGCUAUAUGCAUCCGGUAUAUAUUUUCGAGAGAAAUUUCACUGUGUUCUUUUCAAUGUAUAUGUGAUUUAGAUUAAUACUUUUAUGACGGUAAUAUUGACUAGGUAUAAUAAAUUUCAAAGAAAUAACAUGUUUUCUUUCCUGUCUAGUUCGGCAUUAAAAAAUGGAACAAACAUGUUACCUGUUUAAAAAUGUGUUAAAGCGCUAUUAACAACUAAUAACAAUUUUCACGAAUAAAUACUUGUUUCUUCCCGUGAGAAAGUUUUAAACGCCAGUCAUUGCUUAUAAAACUAGAGAGUUAAGAUUAAUUUUAUUUGACUUAUUUAUAGAUUCGAGCACUAAUUCACAACAAAGUGGAUGAAAUCAAUGGAAACGGGAAAUGAAACGUCAAUUUUCACGUACUACGGUCAACUCUUUCCCCUAUAACGUUUGAAGAUUUUUUCUAGCCUGAGAAACAUUCUAUCGAUGAAGCAUCGCGCGUUCGGGCCUGAACCAUUUGCACUUUUCCAGUUGUAUCCUCCGAUGCAGUCGCGAAUCGCAUUUGCACGUGUAAACCCAAACCAGAGGGAGAAUUGGUCGCAACCUCGAUAUCCCGUCUACUGUCAUAUAAUUCCUAGUAUCGCAUUUUUGUCCGCCCCGUUGUCGUUAAUUCACAGCCGGAUGAUCCGGUGACAAGUGUCCAUAGUGAGUAAGGUAAAAAAAUUCGUAAAUGGCUAAAGAAAAUGUGAGUCGGUUCGCGAGUUGCCAUCUGCCAGUGUUCGUAUUAUGACGAGUUGAGGUAAUGUCGUAAAAAAAGCGGCGCAACGAGAGCUCGAUUCUCGGAGUUUCGGGCGAUCCGACUUGACUCGCCCUGCUUUUGUCAGUCGUAGACACCCGCCUAGGGGGGAAAUGCGGAUAUUUUCUUGUAAAUACACACGUCGAUGUCCGAGGUCCUCGCCUCCUUUCGCGGCUCCUGGGAGCCGGCCGAGGCAACGCGAGGACGUCCGGUACCAAAAAGGGAAGAGAAGCGUUACACUAUUACUCUGUAAAUAAAUGAAUCCCCGGUACCCGGAGGAAGGAAUGCAACUAUUGCCAUACGUCUUGAUUACUCGAUUGUAUCUACGAUAUUUUUCUGCACACAUUACCACAGCGAAUCUUUACUUUCGUUGGACUUAAUUGAGAAGUAAGGUAGCUUUACGGUCGGAGAAGUCUUCGAGGGUCCACCGAAAGAGUUGCGCCGUCCGCUCUACGACCGUCUCUUGUGUCAAUCGCUCGCAUAAGUUGGCAGUUCGCGGUCGCUAAAGCGAUGUAGAUACAUUUCUUUGAGUCGAUCCAUCCCAUCGAUCUAUUUCCAAAAUUCGGAGGGCUGUCUGCGGAGACGGCGCGACGCGAAAGUACGGGUGGAGAAUCGAGCGCUCGCCGUUUCUACUAAAGAUCAAUUAACAGUAGGGAAAAAAAAAAGAAAAUGUACUUGUAACAUUCGCGCGGGUGAUCCCACGAACGGGGAAUCACCGUACAAGAGUAGCCGUUUCAUUCGUUGGAAUUGUAAUCGAACGAAAUGUACAAAGUCGUUGCGGUCGCUUGUCGGGCGCUCCGAGAGCCCGGUCUCGUCGGCAGGUUGGGCGUUUUCAUUGAAGGCCAGACGGUCCCUGGACUUAGAAGAAAAUAGGAACGCUUUAGUACAUUUCAAAGAACUAGGGAUACUGGCGACGGAGCGUUCGACGACGAGCAGACAUUCGUCUCGGUUAAGUUGUACCUCUCGCGAGGAAUUCGGAAUUCUCGCGACGCGUCAGCCCAUUUUUAGUCCGAUAUACGCGACGAGUUGAAAGUGCAACGUGGUCGGAUGCUCGUGGUUAGAUCCUUGGGUGGUACCUUGGAUCUUCCAACCGACCAGCUAGUUGGCACUUAUGUUUAUAUAAUUUUAUUUACGUUUAUGGCAUAAGAUUAGUCGAGGUGUGGUCGAUUCGUCGAGCGACCUGACUCCGAGUCGGACGGACGAAACUGCUCGUAAGGUCCUGUACUUGGAUCGACGUUAAUUCAGGAACUCUCCGGAAGGUUGCUCGCUACGGUAUCACCCCACCUUGACCGUCGUUGUUUUACUCAGCUUUUGUAAAGAGAGACUGAUACAUAGAACCCGUCGAUUAUUUCAUUUCGCAAUUCGGAUUUCAUUCUUCUCAUCGUUAAUUCAGCUCUCAUGGCUGACGUCACGGCGUAGAGUGAAUCGAGCCUGUCCGACUACGUCGGUUAAUUAGAAGGCUCGGCAACAAGUAAACUGCCCUUGUAAAAAGAGAAUAUUAAUAAAUUGCAUUACGUGU